AUGACCCUGCGCUCCGCCGAGUCCCUGGAGAGCGCGGAGAGCUCCCAGGAGCGCUGGGGGCACCGCGAGGCGGCGGCGCCCGUUGCCGAGGAGUCCCGUGAGGCGGCGCAGCUGGCCGCGGCUAUGGAGGAGCUGCGGCGGGCAGGAUGGUACUGGGGCAACAUGACUGUUGCUGAAGCCAAAGAGAGAUUACAGGAUGCCCCCGAAGGAACCUUUUUGGUUAGGGAUAGUUCACAUUCAGAGUAUCUGCUGACUAUUUCAGUAAAAACAUCAGCGGGACCGACCAAUCUACGUAUAGAAUAUCAAGAUGGCAAGUUUAGACUGGAUUCUAUCACUUGUGUCAGAUCUAGACUUAAACAGUUCAACAGCGUUGUGCAUUUGAUUGAGUACUAUGUUCUUAUGUGCAAGGACAGAACUGAAACGCCUUCAAAUGGAACAGUUCAUCUUUACUUGAACAAACCCCUCUAUACGUCCGCUCCAUCUCUGCAACACCGCUGCAGAAUAGCUAUAAACAAGAGUACAAAUCAGAUCUGGGAGCUGCCAUUACCCACAAGACUAAAAGAGUACUUGAAAGAGUAUCAAUACCAGGUAUAAAUAUAUUUUCUAAAUGCCUCUACCAUAGAGUAACUUUUGAAUGCAAUUCUUAAAAUCAGCCAAAGAACUGAGUAACUAGUUGUACAACUCCACAUGGAAUUCACUAUCAAAACAGUGGCAGUUCUGGGGAAAAGGUUUUUAUUUCAGAUGCCACAAAGGGAGACUUUAUGUAGGAUAAUCCCAAUUUGCAUCCUUGAGAGUUCAACAAGGUGGCAUGCUAUUCUUGCAAGGAGAGAGAAGUCAGGAAUCUGUCCAGAUUGUGUUGCUUUGUCAAUGGCACAAAAUGCUGCACUAACUAUCAAAUGCUUACUGGAGCAGUGGGACUGGGAGAGACUGCAGAAGUGGUCAGAGAUGUAUGAGAGUUCACAAGUAUCUCACUUGUCUGACUCCAAGAUUAAUUUGGUGCUGGUGUUCAUAUAAUCCUAAAAGCUUAACUAGAUCACACUGUGAUAAUCUUGCUGAAGUUAUGCAACUAAUCAAUCCAGUCAGAAAAUGAUCAUGUAUUCAGUUUUAUUGAACUAUUCUCCUGCUUUUCUGCAAGCAAAGGAGUACUGUAAGUAAUCAGUUUAAAACAUUGUUUUUCAAAGUUCUCUAAAGGCUGACCUUAAGAAGAAAUGCCACAUCUUUCACAGGAACCCAGUAUGUUGCUGAUUAUACCAGAUUGGUAUCCCAGAAUCCUUAACAUGUUAACAUCUUCACAGUGGUGAUAUAUCCAUGUUAUUACUAUUAAGACUUUUUUGGUUGAGGCUUUAAGAGUGUAGGCUGCAGACUUGCAGUUGCUCAGUUCCAAUGUCAAAACAUGGAUAUCAGCAGUUACUGCUGUCUUUCUACAGUGUAGAAUGUUUUCUUCAGCUUGUUUCCCAAAAUAUGGGGAAAUAGGAUUUGGGUUUUGUUUGCUUGUUUUGUUUGUUUGUUUGUUUGUUUUGAGGUGGUUGGGUUUCUUCUUUCUUUUUUUUUUUUUUUACUUCUAAUUCACCAUUGUAGCUAUCAGACUAUUACUCAAUAAAGUAAAUCAAAUUCACAACAAUCUCCCAAUUUUUGUAUGUAUCCAUUUGCUAUUAUUGAGGAAACAGGGCUUUUAUGAACCUGUAUAAUUUUCCCAGCUAAUACUCAGAUAAAUGCACAUGUAUCAGUGAGGAUGAAUACUCCUGCUUUGCCUUUGUGGUAUAGCUGGAUUACAUUCAGAUUAGUGGCUUAGAGGCUGCCUGCUGAAUUCCUGUAGUUAAGUAUUAGCAUAGGACCUUGCUUUUUCUGUUACAGCAGUCUUCCAAAUGGGAGGAGGGGACUAAGACCCUCAGUACCCAUUCCUCAGAUUAAAUGUGAAGUACUUAAUAGAAGAAAUACUCAGAAUGAGAAUAGCAGGAGAGCAAUAAAGAGAGACAAGGACAUAGAUUCAUCCUCAGUCAACAAAUUCAUAGUUUUAGCUCUUUCCCUAGCUUAUUUGUUAGUUAAAGCACGGAUCUGUGCUUGAACAAGGAGGAUUGUCAAGACUUGCUAUAAUCUAGCUCUGCCCAGGCUGAAGUAGAAACAACAUAAAAUAAUCUUCUUGUUUUCUUUGUGAUUUUACUGCUCUGUUGUACUGUCAAGAUGUUCUGUCCCUUCUCAUAAACUUUGGGGCACUGACCAGCUUAUUUGUGGCAUCUAAACUCCCAGUAUUAUACUCUCAAUUUUUCAGUAACAUGCUGGCAGAAAUGAGUCGCAGAGCUGUUCAGGAAAACAAGAUACCAAGAACCUGAGGCAGAGUGGAUGGUUCCUUGGUAUGCCAGAUGCUUGAUAUGUUCUCUCUGUGGAAAAGGCAGCUUUUCUCCUCCUCCAUGGAUUAAAUUUUCUGUCCCCGUUUUUAUGCAAGCUUUAGUGUAGAAAUGAGGGGUGUUUUCUCCUGAAAAACAAAACAAAGGAUUUUGUUAUGUAAAAUUUUCCCCAUGUCCUGCCAAAAUGCAGUUGGAAAUUUUUCACAAAUUCAUGGUGACCACCCUUUGGUUCCCAUCCCAGAAGACUUCUUGUAUUCCAGGUAUGUGUUAUAAUCACACAAUUCUUCUCGUCAGUCUUGCUAGAAUCUGCCACCCUGGGCUGAGGAGCUUUUCCUGUAAGCAGAGCCUGUGAAAGAACCGUAUGCCUGGGAACACUUUUCAUUCUGAAGAAUCUGUUUUCUUACAGUUCUUGUCUAGCUCUACCUUGCAGUGAGAGAGCUGCUAUAUGGAAUAACUUCUGUCACAGUUAGAAACACUCUAAUCUGCUGCUAUGUUGACCUUCCACUACCGUGCAUUUUCAGCCAAGGUGAUACGCGUGGAGUCUCAAUGAUAAACACAUAAUAAUUCCUCCCUGGCUAGCCCCUGGCCUGAGGAUCUAAAAUCAUGAAUACCAAUGCUGGAGCAAGCAGACUGAGAGGAUAAGUGCAAUGAGACUGCUAUAUUGCAAAUAUAAGAAAUAAUUUAUGGCUUAUUGCUGGCAGCCUACUGUAAGGACUCAUAGGCCAAGUGUACCCCACGGCAGAGCCAAGCUCUGAGGAGCGACAUGGGGGCAGAUGCAGGGAAGCUUGCUGGGUUUCUUGAUAGCAGUUCUCCAAAGCACAAGGGCAAAUGGUAGGCUGAGGACGAGGAGUGCUAGUAAAGUGAAAGGUGGUGAUUCUUGUAAAUAAUCAAGAUUAGUUAUUGUCAUGUGGAAUCAAGUCACCAAACACUGAGCAUACUGACUUGGACUUCAUGUCAUAUGUAUUCAUUCCUGUGAGGAAAAGCAGGGUCUGUAGCUAUGGUGUGCUCGAAGCAGUGAACAGUAUUUUAAACAGACUGGAGGGGGAACUAGUCCUCUUUGCAUGAAAGCGCGGUUCUUUUCCUCAUUAGGAUGCCAGUCCUAGGGUUGAUGCAUUGCACUAGUGAAACUAAACUGCACUAUAGCUUGCUGAAAGCUUGGCUUCUUUCUAAUGCAGCACAGAGGAAGGACUUGUUCUGGUACAAAAAAUCCAAGGAUAGCACAUGAUUGGAUUACAGUGGUACAAAGAUCUUGCAUGUAGACUUGGUGAAUUUUUAGUCGUGAUCAUGUUGUUCAAAUAUUUUUAAAAAGUUUCAGUGCCUUUUUUCUUUUUUUUUUCUUUAUUUCUUUCUGGAUGUUGUGGCUUGUUUGCAGCACUAGCUUUUAAAUUGCUGGCUCUUCAGAUUCCAAAAAUUACUUCUAACUGAUAUAUAUCACCUUGAAUUGCUAGUACAGAGUGUUCAGUGAAGCCAGUUUCACACAUUCAAUGCCCAUGAGUCAACCAAAAAUCAUGAUAAGGACUUUAAUCCUAAGCCUUUUUUCUCACCCCAUGUGUUUAGUUUUUCGUUUUUGAGUCUUGAGGUUUCAGAUUUUCCAGCUUGUACCAGGCAUGUUAGUUGCUAAAAACAUCUUUAUUUUAAUUAAAGGAAGACUGAGAAUCCUACAAUCCUAAAAGGUGAUGCUUAAAAAAACCCCAAACAACCAAACCAAACAUAAUUGCAAGAUGAAUGAUGAAAAUAAGAAUUGGUGACAGUAUUUCAUUUAGCACUAAACCUAGCAGAAGUGUGAACUAUGGCAGCAUUUUAGUUGUAUGGUAUUUUCCUGCUGGUAGUGUUAUCACCAGAGACAGAAAAUGGUUCAAGUACAAGAUGAAUGGGUAGAGUGGAAAUGUAUCCAAGCAGCUGCAUCCAGUGCAUUAGAAGUAAUUUUAUUUUAAUCUGAUCUCGUCAGUAUUGUCCUUAUUAUAUGUUAUGUAACCACAUUCUAGAUAAACAAUAUAUAAUUAUUAGCAAGAAGGAAAAAUUGUUCACUAGAAUAUGGGGGCAGAGGGUUUUUGUGAUAUCUUAAUGCAGAACUUACUCUUCACUAGAAAUGAUGGAGCUUUAUAAUCUGAGACUCUUACUAAGUCUCAUCACCUUGAGAAAACAGAAUCUACAUACGAUACGAAGGACAGGGUUCUGUAGUUGCAUGGAUUCCUGUACCUUAGCCAGCUCCCAUGUCUUAGCAAAAUGUUCCUGCAGGUAAAUUAUCUUGUUAAAGAUUGUAAAAAACUUUAUUUACUUACAUAUUCUAUUCGAGAGCUUUUUCUUGUAUUCCUGAUAACAGUCCUAUGGAUUUUUCCUUCGUCUAUAAGCUUAGGCUCUAGCGGAAAGUAAGUCAAGUGGUGUCAGGCCUUUGCUCUCCUUAAGCCAAAACACAUGAUGGAAAUGGGAAGAGAGAUCUUUAGACAGGGGUAUCAUGUCUAAGGGUCAUUUAAAAUAAAGUAAAAUAAAAUUUCUGCUGACUUCACUGUCAUUAAAAUGAAUCUGAGUAUCAUAUUUACUGCUAGAGGAACCAAUGGCUUAAGGGAUUCUAAAAACGGUAAUGUUAAUUCUCAAUCAUAAGAAACUUUAUCAAAAGGAGGAAUUUUAUUUAGAUAAAACUAUAGAAAUAAAAGAAACUUUUAGUAUCUAAAACAAACAAAUUCCAAAUAGAAUAACCAGAAAUUAGUUGAAAGGUCUGAGCUCAUUAGUUCUCUAUAUACAAAGGAAGUGAAUACGACAAGCUACUUUGGUAUCUCAGCCUAACUCCUGAAAACCACUUCUUUAUUAGUGUUAAAUUCAGCAGGUCUCAGUAUUUUGCUAAGCCGUUAGCAUGACUGAAAAUGCCUGGAAACAGCAUUCCACUUCAGUCAUCAUGGUCUGAGCUCGCUUUACAACACAGUGAUUUGCCACAGUAGUGCUGAAAUGGGGUGAUUUCUACAGUGGGCUGAAUAUCUCUGAAGGAGACCAUGAGGCAGAGCUGGUGCUGCCCAAGGCCAUGAAGGGUAUCAGGUGCUGACCAUUGCUGGUCCUUAUGUGCUGUCUUAGACAGAGGGCACACAACAAACUAGGUGAAAUACAGCUGCCAGAAAAACAGAUGAGGAACUACUCUGCUUGCUAAGGAGGGAAUUUCAUGUCUGAGAAGGGACUGAAGGGAAAAAACGUGGAAGAGUCAGCAGCUCCUGUGAAAGGUGGCACUUCUCACAAGGUGUAUCAAAUAACUAACCAUCAGGAUGAGUAUGAUACUGAAAAGUGUUAUUAGUAGAGAUUAAAGGUCCAGGGGGAUAACAAGUAUCAGCACAGUUUGAAUCCACAUAUAAACAAAGUCGGUCUAGAUAACUGAAUUUCAGGGAAAAAAAAAAAGCUUCUAGCAAAAUCAGUCUGUCCUGGUGCCAGGGUUACCAAACCAGGGGAGGGAUUAACUGUGUUUAUUAAUCAGGUUAUCUACAGGGCUUUGAAGCAGCCAGUGCCUCUGAUAAAGUCUAUAGAAAUGUAAAAACAUAUCACCAUAAUUAUGGUGUUUAAUCUGCCUGAUAAAUUGUGAUUUUUUUUCUACUUAGAUCAUGUUUUAAAAAGGGAUUGCACCUGUGUUACAUUUUGUUUUCUUCCAGAGCUGAAGCCACUAGCUCUCCAGGAACUGAAAUACCAAAAUAAUACCACUCCUUUCUAUGGUAUUAAGGAGGAAUAUGCCAGAGCAAAAGCUAUUUAUAUUAGCAUAGGAGGUGGUUGGGCACUGAAACAGGCUCCCCAGGGAAGUGGUCACAGCACCAAGCCUGACAGAGUUCAAGAAG